CGGGCCCGGCUCGCUCUGCGGGAAUGUGGGCUGGAGUGGUCCCGCUGCGGGGCCGAGGUGCAGCGAGCCACAGGGUCGAUCCGUAGCGCCAUGGCCUGCAUCCUCAAGAGGAAGUCUGUGCUUGUGGUGAGCUUCAUAGCCCUGUGCCUCUUGCUGCUAGCCAUGCGCCUUGUCAAUGACAUGAAUUUCCCUUUGCUACUGAACUGCUUUGGACAACCUGAAACAAAAUGGAUCCCAUUGUCCUACACAUUCAGGCAGCCUCUUCGAACUCACUAUGGAUACAUAAAUGUGAGGACCCAAGAGCCUCUGCAGCUGGACUGUGGCCAUUGUGCCAUCGUGUCGAACUCGGGUCAGAUGGUUGGACAGAAGGUAGGAGAGGAGAUAGACCAGUCCUCCUGCAUCUGGAGAAUGAACAACGCCCCCACCAAGGGUUUUGAGGAAGAUGUUGGCCACGUGACGAUGGUUCGAGUUGUAUCACAUACCAGUGUUCCUCUUUUGCUAAAAAACCCUGACUAUUUUUUCAAGGAGGCAAGUGCCACCAUUUAUGUUAUUUGGGGCCCUUUCCGCAACAUGAGGAAGGAUGGAAAUGGCAUUGUGUACAACAUGUUAAAAAAGGCAGUUGAUAACUAUCCAAAUGCACAGAUUUAUGUGACCACAGAGCAGCGGAUGAGUUACUGCGAUGGAGUUUUUAAGGAGGAAACUGGGAAAGACAGGGUGCAGUCUGGCUCCUAUCUCAGCACCGGGUGGUUUACCUUCAUCCUGGCCAUGGAUGCCUGUUACAGUAUCCACGUCUAUGGGAUGAUAAACGACACCUACUGCAAGACAGAAGGGUAUAGAAAAGUCCCCUAUCAUUACUAUGAGCAAGGGAAGGAUGAAUGCAACGAGUAUCUUCUCCACGAACACGCCCCACACGGGGGACACAGGUUCAUCACCGAGAAGAAAGUGUUUGCCAAGUGGGCUGAGAAGCACAGAAUAAUAUUUACACACCCGAACUGGACAGUGUCCUGAUGCCGUGUUUCCCGAUGCUGACACUGCGGCUGGGAAGAUGAAGGGGCGGGCAAGGAUGAUCGUGACCAUCAUGGUCCUGGACAUCCUCUGAUGUGGAUGCUGACUCUGCUAGGCAUCUGAACUUGGCGUUCUGUGGGAGGGGGUCCUGUUCAUUCUGUUCUUUCUGGUGGUUCAGCCCUACAUAUUGCACUUUACAACUCACCUAGAAUCGAAGGCCAGUGGCUCGACAGCUGUGACUAAAGAAAACAGGAAGAUUGUCUUUCAAGAUAGCUGCUCAGAAUUCCUUAACAGAAGCUUCCAGAAGAGACCGAUUUGGCCUUGUCAGGCAAGGUUACUGAGUGCUUGGGCAGCUCCACCAUCUUGGAAAAUGGUUGGCUACCAAACACUGUCCCAAGUCAUUCUACCAGGGUAUAGAUAUCUUGCCACGGUUUCUAGUUAGUCUGAGAGAGGGUAGGCAUCUUUUUCUGAUGCACCACCUUCCUUCCAGAUGUCUCGAAGCUAACGCCUCAGGCCAUCUACUUAAUGUAGCAAUGAAGGCAUCAUGUAAUUCCUGUCUAUCAGGGUUACUGGACUAUCGCAGACACUUGACUCAAAAAGUGUCAAGUAGCAAAUACUGAGAAGUUUUCACUCUGACAGCUGUGCUCUCCCUGCUCCAAACAACAUAACUAAACAUGUUAGUACAAUUACCUAUGUUAGUGUUUAGUUAUUUUUGGUUGAGUACUAAAUAUUAACGUGUUAGAUAUACAACUUCAACACUGUAAUAACAUAUACUGUGAAAGCAUUUCUGGAACAUAACCAAAGGGUUUCCUCACUCCGCUUCAACACCCAAUACCACAAAAUGAUAUGCUUUGUAAAAUCAUGAAACAGGGAAAGCAAAACAUAUUUUUGCAUUAAUUUGUAUCCUACCAUAUUCAUAAUAUAUAUUUUUAAAUUCAAAUUUCUAUUUUGUAAGCCCAAGGUGUGUCUAUCCAUAUACAUUAUCAAUGCCAAGUGCCAAACAUUAGACAUGAAAGAUUCUUCAUAUCAUUGAAUCCAACCCGAGCUUUUGCCUUCGUGCGGUAGCUUGUCCCUUAGCACGUCCUAUGUUCUGCUGUAACAGUGAAAUGGUGAUGGAACAGGGAAACAGUUCCCAAGGUGCUUUGUCAUCUGAGUCCCUUCACACAUGCUGUACCACGUAACACCCAUGACCACCUCGCUGGACAUUCUGCCAUCUCCAGCAGCUGAUCCGCACUCUGUUAGCCAUGCUCAUGUGUCCCGGGUUGCUCCACUUUAGACUGUCUAUAUAGAAUAGCAUUUAUGUAAAUGAGUAAGUGAUUGAGUUCUGUGCCAAAUAUGGCAUAGCAUACCAAGAUUAUGGAAAAUGGCCACAAGGAUAGCUGUGUCAUAGAUCAGUAGCCCUAUAAGCUUAGAUUUUUUUUUUUCCGGUCAUUGGCUUCAAGGUCCAGGUGGUGGGAAGACGAGGGCUCAGGAACAAUGGAAGCAGAGAAAUAUAGUUUCCCGUCCCAGGACCGAGGCAGCUUCAUCUCUGUAGACU